GACGUGUGAAGAAAUGGAAAUUCCAGAUGAAUAUUGUAUUUGUGAACGAGUCUGGCAUAAGUCUGAUAUAUACGGUGAUGAUGCGACAAAAGCUGCACAAUUUCUAAUCGCUGAUAUUAAUGAUUUCUUGAAACAGAAAAAUCUGAAUAAAAUUUGCGAAACACUCGAAUUCAUAGAAGUAGUUUCGGCAGAACACCUUGAGGGGAGAUCGGUGUUGAAAAUAGCUGUAAAUGCUGCACCGAGCAAUGGAAAAUAUGAAGUGCAGCUGUUGAAGCAAAAUGAUAACUUUAAAAAAAUUACAAAAAUAACUCGAUUGGAUCAGUACGGUAAACAAGGACACUGUGCUCCCAGUGAAGAUGUACGACCUUUGUGUUACUGCCGACAACAGCUUACAACACCUGCGACUCAUUAA